AUGUCAGGUUUUUUCAGUCGACACAACAAAGCAAUUGUCUGCACUCUGGCAGCGUCUGCAGGAUUGUACUUCAUCUAUCGUUACUACAUUUAUAAGAAACAACAAAUCAGAUCUAGGGCGGAAGCUCUCGCAGGUAUAGAGUACAGAAGAAGGAGAGUCGAAAAACUUGUGGAAUUACGCGACAAAUUGGUAUGUAUCUAGGGAAAUGAUUUUCAUACAUUUUUCUCUUAUUGUUAAUGACGGCACCGUCGUCAACAAUACAAAUUUUGACAACAUAUUUCAUUAUUUGAGCUUUUUCAUUUCUUAUCAAGUCUUAUCUAAAGUGUAAGCCAAUUUCUUUACAGAAUCACCUAAAAACUAAACGUUUAUUAUAUGAACUACAGUUAGAUGUUGAAACUUAUAAAAGUUAUGCAGAGAUUUUACAUACUUCAGACAAUGAAGAAUAGUUUAUAGAAGAGUUAUUAAAUUUGUUUACGAUCUUUAAAACCAUAGAAAUGAUCCAAAUGUUUCAAACGGAAGAGAAACUGUUGAGUGGCUUCACUUAAGGUUUUCAUCAUUUUGAUGUCUCUGAUGUUAUUUCUAUGUAUGAUCUGUAAGAAUAAAAAUAAUUGUUGUCUAUUUGUUUUAAACAAUACCAUGGAAAAUGUUAUUGUCAGGCCCGGUUCAGACGCUGAUCUUUUCAUGAGCCGAACCUAAUACAUUGAAUUAAGUACAUGAAAAGUUCGGCGUCUGAAUCAAUUAGGAAUGCCUGUUUCAAUUUGGAACGGCUCAGCUGUUCUUUUUGCCUAGCCUGGCUGAGAAUUUCGCCUUUGGGGAGACUUUGGAACGGCUUUGAUUCGGAUGCUAAACUUUUCAUGUACCGAACCUAAUGCAUAAAUUACUAUAACGUAUUUUGUAAGCAGUUUGACCGAAAUGAGCAUUUUUCGCCAUUUGAUUUUAGUUUAGCUGCAAUUAAGAUCGGCGUCUGAAUCAAUUCAGCCGGUCUAAAUAAUUUGAGUUGGCCUUAAUUCGAAUUAGGUUCAGCUCAUGAAAAGAUCAGCGUCUGAACCAGGCCUAAGCAUCCAUUGUCAGAGAUAGGCUACAGAACGAGUAUAUUUUUUGUAUAUAUUAGUAAUUAUUGGAGGCAAGUGCAAGUCAAAACAACAGGGCCAGGUUGUUCAAAGCUUGGUUAAGAUAACUCAGGGUUAGUGAAAAAAUUUGCUUGCAAAUAUAAAAGCUUGAAACACAUUAUCAUGUUAAGAUGGAAUCCACCAGGAAAUUGAGUAAUUUUAAUUCCCAGUGGACAAAAACCUCAUACCGAAAUAAUUUAAAGAAUAUUGCAUUCUGGCCUAAAGAGGUACUUAGUUAUCUAUAAUAACACCAAAGACUAUUUCUCAUGGGAGCCCGAGAAAAUGAAUGUCAAAUUUCACAAGAAUUGUGAAAAGACAGGUAAAAUUCUGAAAAUUUCAUGUGUAAGAUGUAAUUUUGUGAAAUUUCACAUUUAUUUCCUCGGCUCCUAUAAGAGAUUUUCUUAGGUGUUAUUACAGAUGACUCAUUACAUCUUUAGCCUUUGAAAAAUGUCAAAAAGAAUGCGAUAUUGUUCAAAUUAUUCUGGUAGAAGGUUUUUGUCCCAUGAAAACUAAAAUUACUCAGUUUCCUGGUGGAUUCCUUCUUAAUUCCUUUUGUCUGCAAUCCGAGAAAAUCCUUUUGGACAAAGAAAAGAAACACGGAUUAAAAUUUAACCCCGUGUCAGCACUAAUCACCCUUCGAACAACUGGGCCCAGUUUUUUUGUAUCCCACUUGUGCUUGAAUUUGUGUUUAUGUCAAGCAUAACUCUGGCCCUAGCCUGUUACCUCAGAGACUAUACCGUACAUCAGAGGCACCUCUGAAACUAUCACAUAUAUAGUACAACCUUACAAUGUACGUGUUGCAUGCAAACCUAUAACCAAUCAGAUGACAGACAGGGGAAGUAUAGAAGAUCAAAUGCUGCAACUGACGGGCCACUCACAGCAUUAAAAACAGUAGAAAUCUUAGCAUGUGACUGACUGUAAAUAGACUCGUAGUUCAACGCUAGUAGUUUAUUCAGCCAUUACUACAAAAGCAUAUGGUUGGGAAAAAUACUGCAUGUGAUAAAUUACACGUUACUUAAUCAACAUGCGUGACAUAGAGAAAUUGUUACGUUACAUAAUUAUCAUACCAGGUUAGAUACUGUUACAACUGACCAAACACAAAAGAGCGAGAAGAAAUGAUGACAUCAACAAUCACAUUGCUGAACACUAUUUACAGACAAAAGGUCAAAUAGACUGGGACUCUGCCACAUGUAUUAUGUAUUCUACAAACUACGACUCCCUUUAGAAAGUUGGUUCACUAACUUAGAGCAAAUGCCACUGAAUUAUAGUCAACAGUUACCGGCACCAUACUGAUGACUUAAUGCCUGACUCAAACAAAACUAACCUCGGGAGAAUGACUGGACAACUGAAACAAUUUGACUAACAAUAAAUGACUGUUAAACUGUGUCAAUAGAUGGAUCGAAACGCACCAAUCACUUUACGAACGUUCAAAGCCAACGACAUCACGGCUUAACUGACAGACAACAAAUGCUGACUUAAUUGACUAAUCAGAUUAAUAACCAGUGUUUAAUACCAUCAAGUGAUGUGAUACAACUCACUUUGACUUGGAAGAUGACUACUGCACAGGUUGUUGACAUGUCAGUCAUUGACUGUGAACAACAGUCAUACUCAGGACUGUGUUCACCCAGGUGAUCAUACUCAACCUAUGCAUGAACUGAGUGAUUUCUGGCAUGCUGAUUGAUGGAGAGCUCUGGUCGAUGACGAAAACCCAAAAAAACAAAAACCAAAACCAAAACCAAAGUAAUAUUAUUAUAGAUUAUGGAAGGUCAACUCUCUCUAUAAGAUGGAUACCUUGCUAAUACGGACACCGAGAGUUGGUCCCUGCCUUUCUUUAUACCUUUUAGUUGACUCUCUAUAAGAAAGACAUCUCUCUAAGACAGACGUAUAGUAUAUAGGUCCCAAAGGACAGUUGACUGUAUUACUUGGUUGCCAGUUAAUUGACCCCAGCAAAUAAGGCUGUGUGUAAAAGAAGGACGAAAAAAUGGAUUUUCACUAUUGUCUUUUCUUUUCUCUUUUCUCCUUUUUUUCUUUUCUUGUCGUCAGUGUUAUUCUUUUUCAGAUCACCCCAACAUUCUGGGAAUCUGCCCACUCAUCUCUCCCCUAACCUAGAAUCAACACUUUGUUCUAACUUGGGGCAAAAUAUUGGUUAGGGAAGGGGUAGGUCAACAGAUUUCUGGGAACUUAUUGUGGUAAUUUUGUUUGUUCUUUGUUUAACAGGAGCAACUUCUUGGUUCAUUAGACAAUUUUGAACCAGAACCUCCAGAGACAGAGGAUGAUGAGGUAAGGCUCCUUAAUGGUGUGUGGUGUAUAGCCUGGAGGCAAGUUCUCCAUUUCUGGUGAGCGAAGCAAGGCUCAAGAGAAAUAAAUGGGUGUGCGAGACAGCAAGGGGUGGAGGAAAAAAUAAUUCUCUGCCUUUCGUUCUUCUUUUACUUGCCACUCAUGCAUGACUUCUCGUGACCCCCCCCCCCCUCCUAAAUGGAGAGCUAGUUGCUCCCAGGCUAAGGUGUGUCACACAAUUCAGUCGCCGGUAUAGGCCACCAAAUGUGCUGAUGUAAAAUUAAUUGCUUCAGGUGGUAAAAAGAACCAUUUCUUCGAUGCACCAAAAAGAAAAGAAGGCACAAAUUAUUUAGUCUAACCAUUGUUAAAGCUUAUCUCAGAUGUUCUAAAGAUAAAUUGUUUAUUGUUGUAUGUCGAUUGGAUUUGUUUAUCAUUUGUCUCUUGAUGGCCACUUUGUUUUGAUCAUGAAAUUAAGGCAUAUACUCUCAACAGGAAGUGGUGUUGAUUUGCUGAUUAUUCUGCUAAAAUCGCUCAGAGACUUCAUAGGAUUAUUUGCACUUUUUUGGUGAAUUUCACCUCUUUAAGUUUGUAUAUUACUUAGCCUGAGAAAACAGCCAACAUUUGGCACACUACCACUGGUUUCCCCACCAAAUGACAUCUGAGAAACGAGCGCAGAAAUUCCAUACUGAUGAUGCAUCACUACCCAGAUCUGCUAGAUAUGGGUAGUGCUUCUGAUUGGUCGUGCCGCGUAGAAAAUUUGUUUCAACCAAUCAGAAGCCCUACCCAGAUCUGGGUAGUGACGCGUCAUCAGUAUGGAAUUUUUGCGCUCGUUUCUCAGACGUCAUUUGGUGGGGAAACCAGUGGUAGUGUUGCCAAAUGUUGGCUGUUUUCUCAGGCUACAUAUUAUUUCCAUUUUAUGUUUUAUGAUUUCAUAUUUUCCUUUUCUUGUAGUGUAUUGUGUGUAACAGUGCCAAGGCUAUAAUUCAAACAUACCCCUGCAAACACAGGGUAUUAUGUCGUCGCUGCUUUGUCAAGACAUUACAGGUUGCGGUAAACGAUCUUAACCUUCCCCUCAAAUGCGUUGUUUGUCGCACAAGAAUUCAAACCUUGGACAGAGAGCGCCACGAUGUACAUCUCUUUACACCUCCAGAUACACAGCAACAGCCUGCCCAGGAAACGCAAUGUUAACAGACCCAAAUCUAAUUACAACUAUCAAAACUCUUCAGGAAUUAAUAGUGAUAUUAAUAUUAGCUUGCUUUGACGUUUGUAUAAAUUCAAGUAGUAAGGGUGACAAAUUUACCAGUGCUAGACCUAUUAGAAAGUAAUUAAAACCGAGAAAUUCCUCCCAUCAGGUGAUAAAAAAUGAUUUUUUUCCAUAAAAUUAUGUUGACCGCUCCUUACUUAAAGGUAAGGCUAAAAGAAUGCAGUAUUCAGUGUCAUCUUGAAAAAAAAAAUACCCCCAAAAAAUAAACACACCAAACUAAAAAAAUUGUAAGGCAUUCUCAUUAAAAUGAUAAAAUAGAUGUGACUUAACACUAGUUAGAAGUGCACAGUGCAAAAUGAGAUUGUGAAAGCUGUAAUCACGGUAAUGUAGUCUUUUCUUAUUAAAUGGCCUUUUUGUCUUAGUUGUGCC